AGUAAAACGAUCGGAUCAGAUGAAUGUUUCUCUUUCACGUCAUCAACCAUCACUAGCCUAAGAGAAGAUGUUGAAGUAGACAUUUCUGGAAAUUGUAGACAAUGAUUGAGAUGGAGGACCCCUCACUGAAGGAGCAAUUUGAGCGGCUCCAGGAACAGCAGAGACAGAAGUUGAUGCGACGGAAACAGAAGAAAGAAACAGAGAAGGAGAAACCGGGAACUGCCAGAAGUACAUUUGGUGUUACUGAUGAACUGAAUCUGAAACUUGCUGACCCUCCAGCUACCAGUGGGUUUCUGUCGGAAGAGCUGGUUGAUCACCUCAAUGACCAGUUACGGGAACUCAAGGAUGAAAAUGGACGCCUCUACAAGCUGCUAAGUGAGAGAGAUUUUGAAAUCAGAAAUCUAAAGAAAAAGAAAGUAGAAGAAAACUCAGCAGUGGCAGGUGUGACAAAUGAAACGGCUGCCAUAAAGAUCGUUGAACUAUCCAAGAAAGUGAGAGAGUUGACAGCAGAACUGGAGAGUGAGAGGACGAGAUGUAAACAGCUGCAGAAGAAGUGUCAGGAUGCUCAGAGACAGGUUACCCAGCUCAACAGCAUGCAGACCGACACCCACUCAGUGAUGGGCUCCAUGAUCAGCCUGCAGUCCCAGUUUCUAGAGGAGAAGACUGAUGAGGGAGUGGAUGUGAAGGGGCUGCAAGACAAGCUGAAACAAACUGAGAGCAAACUAGCCGACUACCGUAACCAGUGCCAGGCCCUUAAACAGGAGCUCAAGAUACAACACAAGGUGCUGCAGCAGGAGGUGGGGGAGAAUGUCAAUGUGCAGUCCCUCCUCAACUCUAACAGUGGUUGGCGGGGCAGGGCACAGCAAGUGUUGACACUGCAGAAUAAGAUCGAGGAUCUGAAGACCCAGCUGGAUUCUGCACGAGGGAGGUCAGGGAAGGAAGGUAGCCUUGAGGACCAGAUGCUCGGGAGGACGUCGGCACGGCGGAGGACGCAGGACGAGAAGUAUAAGGAAGAGCUGCGGAAGGUUGAGAAGGACCGGAAAGAGGCCCAGGAGAGAGCUGCUUCUGAGCUGAAGGCCUUGGAAGAAGAUCAUUCAGCACUGAAAAACAAAAUGGAUGCCUGCAAAGCAAGGAACAAGGUGUUGUCCAAUGAGACAAAGUCCCUAAAACAACAGAUUCAGACUCUCCUGGAGAAGGGAAAGAACGAUGAUGAGCUGGUGCAAGCCCUAAUGAGGCAGCUGCAGCAGUUGAAGCAGAUGCUGGAGACGUCGAACCAGCACCAGCAGAGCAACAUGGAACGGCACCAGGAGAAGAUGAAGGACAUGAGCGUCAAGGUGCAGCAGGACAACAACAUCGUAGAGCAGCUCAAGGCCAUCGUGGCUGAGAAGGAGCAGAAGGUCAAGGUCUUGGAGAAUGAGAUCCAUCAGAUGAAACUCAAUCACAUCCAGCGAGCCCAGAUGGAGAGUGUGUCGGCCAUGUUCCAGGAGCCACGCCCACCCUCGGGGCCCAUCAGCAGCCGCCCUGGAACAGUAGCGUCGGAUGGAGGAGAUACUAUCGUCCUCACCACUGUCACGCCACCAGAAUCAAGACUCAGUGAACGGCCACCAACUAGUAACAGGGUUGUAGAGAGUGCAAGAGCUCUGUCUCGGGUCUCUGCCAGACCGGCAUCAGCCAGCAAUGUGAGCGGCAACAACAGCGGGGUCGGGAUGGCUGACCUGCAGUACCAGUGUCAAGAGUAUCUCACCAUGAUGCAGGUGUCCGACGUCGAGCGGGAGAAGCUCGCCGAGCUGGUGCAUGUUCUUCAAAAGAGGAUUGAUGCAACAUCAAGCAAAUUGAAUGACAUGCAAUCAGAGCUAAUCCAAGAAAGGAAAAAAAAUGUUGUGUUGGAGAAAAAGCUUGGGAAAGCCAAGCUCGAUCCUGCUCUAUCGUCUAGGACUAGUGCUAAUGUGAAGACAGGCAGACUGCAGACAGCCAAGACAUCAGCCUCGACCGCCAGGGAGUCCGUCACCCACCUCGACAGCAUGGACAAGUUGGACCAAACAGAGCUUGAGGAACUCAUCACCAGUCUUGACAUCCAGCGCGAUGAGAACGAGGCUCUCAAGGCAGCGCUACAGAGCACCCUGAAAGCCAAGCAAGAGGACCUAAAGCUCUACAGCGACACGAUGGAUGAAACCAAGAAAGUCUUUCUCCAGGCUCUCCGACAGUUCAAACACAAUGCUAACACAUCAUCUUGAUCAUCAGCUACACACGCUCUGACACCAUCUCAAACAUUAGUCACAAUGUGUCCAUUCACUCAUUCUCCUAUAUAAGUCUAGUGGGUGUAUUCUGAAGUGUGUCUGGUAGAAGAAGGAAGACUUAUUGUAAUAUGAUGUGCAGUUUUCACAAUUUCUGAGUUGUGUCACAUUUUGAUCAAACAGUGAUACACCGUCAGGAAAACCCACCUUCUGCACGAUUUCUGUGGAGAACAUCAACAUACAUCUUGCAUAAAUUGGAUAUUAAUUCAUACUCAGGAAAUUUGUUAAUCCUGGGAACAUUGAUCCAGAAUCACAAGAUGUCACUGUAAGGAGAUACGAGACCAUCAGCCCAGAUGUUACUGUGUGUGGACGCCUUGUGACAAACACCUGUAAACUCAUGACAUGUUCUCCAAGCUCGGAGCAUCACAUUAAAGUGGUGGAUUUAUGCCCGUCCCAAGCCCCUGACCACCCUGCUGAUGCUAUAGAGCCGCUCUAGGCCAAUAUCUGGUUUUUGUUGAUCACAAGAUGUGUUUUGUGAGACGUUAUUAUUGAGUUGAAUGUACUCUCUGUUAUAUAUGUAGAUCUGUAAACAUGGAAAUGAUAUCGUCUUGCUCAAACUUUUCUUAAAAUAUUCCGUCCUUUUUUGUUCAUAUGUAGCAACUUGUCCUGUUUUGGAUCUGAAUAUCAGCUAUUGUUUCUGUGGAAAAGAAUUUUGUUUUGAUAUUCUUCUUGCCUUUUUUAAUGCCUCUACAUGAAAUUAACCUUAUAAUCUACAAAUUAUUGUUUAGAGAACUGACAUUGAUAGAAUUGUUAGUGAUAUGAAUGAGGGCAUUAACAUGUGGAAAUACAUAAGGUAAACUGAGUUGUUUCCUCAUCGUUCAUGUACUCUAGAGUUAAUCAUCAUAUUCCGUCCUAUGAUUGCAUAUAUUAUGCAUAAGUAUUCUCCAUUUCUCAUUGCUGACAUGAGAGUUUGAUAAGCCAUUCCACUGUUUUGGGGUAUGAAAUCUCCCUGUUGUGUUUAACAGUAGGAACAUUCCUGCUUGAAGGACACUCAGUUUGGGGGUAUUUACUUACAUCAAGGCAUGACAGCAUAGUGUGGGGAAAGUGAUGGAGGAAAUAGAUGUUUAGUAAAGCCCACAAGUAUGGGCACCAUGCUGACAAACCAAGGAUCAGGACAUUUCGAUUUCGAUUUAAUAAUCAGUGGAUCCUGGUAUGACUAGGGGACACAACUCUGCACAGUGAAUUGUAGUGCCAUAGACUACUUGGCCACUCGUGACCUAGGUGGUGAAUGUAUGACAGUCAAUGUUGGUAUGAUUUACAACCCUGCUCUGUGGACAAGGUCCUUGUCCUGCCACUAUAUAUAUACACAGACAUAGGUGCUGACAUAUAAGAAGUGACUUCAGUAUAUUUGCAUUUAUGGAGGUAUAAAUGCACAAACAUAUUAAAGUCAAUUCUUAUAAAUUAAUAUGUCAACAAUAAUAGACUGCUUAUUUAGUCAAUUAUAUGCCAAGAAAACUAUAGGCAACAAUUUGAAUCGGUGACAUUCAUCGCAAUGUUGCAACACAGGCCCUGCCCAUUCUGUUAUCAGCCAAUUAGGAAACAGUAGUAUGUUAAAGAGUGUGGCCUAAUUUCUUUGGGGGUUUAUCGAGACGAAAUAAAAAGAGACUGGUUGGUUAGCCAAUCAAAUGCCAGGGCAUCACUUGCAAUUUAUUUAUUCAGUCACACCAGCAGUACGUCCAUCAUGGGUGCAGGUUAAUCAUCCUGCUGUACAGCUUCCCACCAAUAACCUGAAUAGCCCAAGAUGUUGAUCACUCAUUCCAUAAUCAUUGAUGUUCCAAUGAGGUACAUGUGUAGUUUCUGUUCAGGCAUUGUUCACAGCUGUUUGCAUUCACAUCAUUGCUGAAACACAUCUCUCACCUUUGUUUUCAUCACAAAUAUAAUUUAUGUGAAAAAUGUUUAAUAUUCAUAAUGAUAUGCAUGUACAGUUGUUGAAAGUGUUGUUUUUCAGAAAACACAAAAUGAAGAAAAAUAAAAUGCACAAAUAAACUUGAUUCCAAAGUUUUCCUGCUAGCUUUGUAUUGAUUAUUGAGUGACUAUGGAUUUAUGCCGUUUUUAGCAAUAUUCCAGCAAUAUCAU